AUGGCCCUCGUAAGUAUGAAGCAGAACCAAGGAGAACCUCUCAAAGACUUCGUUUCGCGUUUCAAUAUGGAGGCCUUGAGUAUUGGGAAUUUCGAUCAUAGUGUGGCUAUGGUAGCAUUCCAGAACGCCUUAAGGCCAAGCCCUUUUGCUCAGUCAUUAGCCAAAACGCCCCCGAUAACGUUCACAGAUAUCUUGGGUCGCGCUACAAAGUAUAUUAAUGCCGAGGAAGUCAUGCAAGCCAAGAGGGCAGAACACGCGGAAAAGAAAGAUAAAAAAAAGCACCCCGAGGAAAGAAAGAAUGAUGACCGGAAGGAGAAGCAUCGUCCUCGCUGGGACUCGGGUGGUUUUACCCUUCUAAAUGCCCCAAGAGCGGAAAUCCUUGCCACCAUUGAAGGUAAGGAUUAUCUGAAGAAGCCUCGGCCGAUGAAGGCACUGUUUGAUAAAAGGAAUCAGAAUAAAUACUAUCGUUUCCAUCGGUAUCAUGGCCAUGAUACGGAAGAAUGUCACCAAUUAAAAGAGGAGAUCCAGGAACUCAUCAACAGAGGUUUCUUAAGGAGUUAUGUGUCUAGGGAAGGCGAUUCCCGAAGAAGGAAAGAUAGACGCUCGCGAUCGAGGAGUCCCCCUAAGAGGGACCGAACGAACGAUUGA